AUGAUGCACGGCAAGUCGGACUCGGACAUCACGAGCCUGGCGGCGUCGUCGCCGCCGCGGUCGCCGAAGCGAGGUGCCGCCGGCGGCGGCGCCUACUACGUGCAGAGCCCGUCGCGGGACUCGGCGCACGACGGCGGGGGCGCGGGCGGGUACAAGUCGUCGUCGAUGCAGGCGACGCCCGUGUACAACAGCCCCAACGAGUCCCCCUCGCACCCGUCCUACGGCCGCCACUCCCGGGCCUCCUCCGUCAGCCGCUUCUCCGGCAUCCUCCGCGGCGGCAGCGGGCGCAAGGGCGGCGGCGGGGGCGGGGGCCUCAAGGCCGUGAACGCCAAGGGGUGGCCCGAGUGCAGCGUCAUCGAGGAGGAGGGCUCCUACGAGGGCCUCUCCGGCGGCGACAGCGGCCUCUCCGGCCGCUGCAAGCUCGCGCUCGCCUUCGUCAGCUUCCUCCUGCUCUUCACCGUCGUCUGCCUCAUCGUCUGGGGCGCCGCCCGCCCCUACGAGCCCGACGUCCUCGUCAAGAGCAUAGCCAUGGACAACUUCUAUGCCGGAGAGGGCACAGACCACAGUGGGGUUCCAACCAAGAUGGUCACGCUGAACUGCUCCCUGAACAUGAUUGUGUACAACCCUGCUUCAAUGUUCGGAAUUCAUGUCUCUUCGGGCCCUGUUCGCCUGCUCUACUCGGAGAUCGCCAUCGGGGUCGGACAGGUUCACAAGUACUACCAACCGAGCAAGAGCCACCGGCUGGUGUCGGCGGUGAUCCACGGCGAGAAGGUGCCCCUCUACGGCGCGGGGGGCGGGCUCUCGCUGUCGGGGAACGACGUGACGGUGCCGCUGACGGUGGACUUCGAGCUCGUCUCCCGGGGGUACGUCAUCGGCAAGCUGGUGCGGGUGACGCACAAGGUGCACGUGACGUGCCGCAUCACCGUCGACGCCAAGAGGGCGAGGACCAGGAUCCCAAAGAAGGCAUGCGCCGUGUACAAGGCCUGA